CUCGCGCGAGCCCACAACAUCGCCCGUGCCGACCUCGCUGCAGUUUCAUCGGAUCGUCCCAGCAGCUCUGAUUCGCGCUCGUGCUGUCAAUCUUCCACAGUCAUGGGUGAAAUUAAGUUGCUUUUCCAUGAGAAGGCGAUCGUCUUUUGACUGCCGCCGCUCUGUCCGCAUGUGAUGCUCCCGCAAUGAAGCGCCUAUAUCUCGCCUCCAGCAAACGCCUCGACCCGCACCGAGCGUGUCCAGAUUCCUCCGUAGUCUGCCCCGACUCCACUGCACUUCUCCUGUUGUCAUUACGUUGCGCUCUGCACCUCGAAAGUCAACUUCCCCAUUCACCUCUAGACCCUUUCGCUACCGCCCUUGCACAAAAAGAGCAGUGGGCGGUGAAGGUGGUGGCGUUUUGGCGGCUCCCGCUGCAGAUGGACACCCCAGUCCCAUGACUGUGAACUGGUUUCGGCAAGCAAAGCCUUUGGGGAAACGGUUGAUCCUAGUUGCAGGCUCCCAACAGAUGGUCAUUAUUAUUUCACCGCUAAAUAACACGCCGGCUUUAUAAACCACCGUCAGUACCUCUCCGACAUCACUCGGCCUUUAGCUCCCCAGAUGUCCCCAGAUCGGGGACAGGAGUGUUCUUCCGCAGCGGUGCGGACCUUCGGGCAAAGAAAGAGCGAGGACAACGCAGACGGCGGCUUCAGGCCUUCGCCCAGCAUUGAUGCCACAGUUCCUGAGGAGGACGUUCUUGCUGUCCCGGACUUUUCUACUUCACGACCCAUAAUGAUCACUUCGCAAACCAGUCACAGCAUUUCCCAACAUCAAAAUGAUAAUGCCAUGGACAAUCGUUCGCACGGACAAACAACCGCUGCGUCCAUAAAAUCGAUGUCAAGCACAGAAAACUCGCGCAGGGACUCCGCUAUCUCGGCCACCAGCCAACACCAUCGACGGCCAAAGACAGCUCGGUCAACCUCGAAGCGUUCCGUACGCACCGUCGCUGGCGACGAGCUGCCACAGACCAUGUCGCAUUCGGGUCGACAUCGACCUCGCAACCAGCGCUUCGCGAGCUCUGGUUCGAUCCACCUGCCAAAGACCAACAUCGAGGAGGCGCUUGCUCUCCAUGCUCGUAGCUGCUCUCUUUUCGCCGGAUCGUCCAGGCCAUCGACCUCGUAUGCUCCAGCGCCCUUGGCGUACAGUCCAUACACCCAUCCGACGCUGUAUCGCAGUCUGAGCUCCGCGGACGGCUUUUCGAUAUCUCAGUACCCUUCGCAUCCAGUCUCGCCCUAUCGGACCCCCCCUGAGUCGUCUGGCUUUGACGUUGCUGAUGAGCAAGAGCAAUACUACACCUCCUCAUUUCCUCCAACCGUGAUGCACUGGACUUCGGAAGAAGCGCGCUUGAGGGAGUACGCCGCCAUCGAUCGCGCCAACAGCGGCGUGCGCGGGCUGCUCAGAAAGUUCUUGCCCAAGUGCGUGACCAAGGGCCACCCCAAGUUCUACGACGAGAAGGACGGCUCGGACGCCGGUAGUGUGAGGAGAAUCAGAAUGGACGUCCCCAACGAAAAACAGGAGCGCAAGACGACGAAGCUGCCCCGCCACCUCACGUCUUGAACGUAUACCACAGCGCCGAUGCUCUACAGAGCUUUUGUUGCAUUUUCGUUAUUCCAGUUUGUUUCGUGUUGGCAUCAAGUUUUUUCUUUCUUUUUCUCUCUUGCAUAGAUACACCGGUGGUACAUGAAGCAGUAUGCAUUAAGAUACCCUAUCGAGCGAAGGAGCAUUUUGAAAAUUGGUAGAUACAGCGACGAUAGAACUGUCAAUAGUAUAACGUUUAGUGCCUCGCACACGAUGUUUGGGGCUCACCACAUUCCUCAACUAUCCG